UACAUUUGGAAUCCAGCGACAAAUGAGACUAAAUUAAUAUCUACAUAUAGGAAACCAAGAUAUAUGAAACCAUAUGUGCAUCAAAUGAAGUAUAUUGCUGAAAUUGGUUAUGGGUUUGGUUACGAUUGCGGGAUUGAGGAUUACAAGGUUGUAGCAGUUAUUAAUUCUGAAGAAUAUUUGAAUGUUUCCUACGUAGGGGUUUAUACAUUAGGUUCAGAUUCAUGGAAAACGAUUUCAUCCAUUCCGUAUAAACUUGCCAAAGGAUAUAAUAAUGUAAGAUUUCCUGUGUUCCCUGGGGUGUUUCUAAAUGGAGCUCUUCAUUGGUUAGCCCAAUCAUUUUCAGGUAAUGGAUUACAAGUUUUACUUUCUUUUGAUAUGAAAGAUGAGAUUUUCGCAGAAAUACACCAACCUGAAAAUUUGGACAAAUUUGAUUAUAAAUUUGUGGGUUUGCUAGGAGGGUGUCUAUGCAUGCUUUGUAGUGUUGGUUUCGAGGUAUGGGUGAUGCAGCAUUAUGGAGUGAGGGAGUCAUGGACCAAACUGUUGGAGAUGGACCAACUAAUGACAGUGGAUAUUCCAUCUUUUCACUACUUAAGGAGGACUGUGUCUCUGAGAAACGGUGAGAUCCUAUUAGAGAUUCAAUUGGAUGCAGGGGAUAAGAUGGAUGGAGGGGAAGACACUGCGAUUAUAGUAUAUGACCCAAAGUGGGAGAGAACUAGGAUUGUAAAGAUCCUUCUGAAAAGAAUUGAGAACUUCAGUCCGGGAUAUAUACUGAGAAAGUUGUACGAGAUAGACAGUUAUGUGGAGAGCUUAGUCUCAGUAAACCCAGGUUCUUAUACUGGGGCUAUGCCUAAUAAAAAGUAGAAUUCGAAGAUAAGUUACUAAAUUCAUCCGAAGAUAAGUUUCUUUGAUAUAUGGCCAUCCAUAAUCUGUUUAAUCAGGAACCUCCUUCAGGAAUGCAGUCAUUGGGACAAAGCGCCAGGGUCAUUCAUAUAUCAUCUGUGAUCCCCCAUACUCUGCUGAAAUGAUCCCCAAUACUCUGCUGAAACAAGGAGGUAGUUUAAUGUUCUAGUUGCGUUCCUAAUCAGAUGUUAUACUAGAGCUGAAUCUUAUGUUCUAGUCGGGUCGCUAAUCAGAUGUUGUUGUUGCUUCUACGAAAAAUAUGAUAGUGGCAUGGUAACACAAUAUCCUAGUGAAGUGCUUGUUUUAGUUGAAUUUUAGUACGGUACUGUAAUCACUCUUUUUUUAAUAUCAUCUUCAUUAUCCAGAACUAGAUUUUAGUAACAAGAUUGAGGA